AUGAUGCGUCUUGAAGAGUGGGGAGAACGCUGGUGUAUCAGAUUCCAGCCCUCUAAAUCGCAACAGCUGCUGAUGACCACGAAAGCCACACGCCCUGUUGUCCCCGACAUCAAGGUUGGAGGCAUGGCGGUUCCGGAGGCCUACACCAUCAAGAUUCUUGGUGUGACAUUCGACGCCAUUAUUGGCCCUGGUGCCCUUCUCCAAAGCCUGUGCCACCGCCAGACUGUAUCUGGGCUGGAGGCAAAACCGCCUGUUUGUGGUGCGACGUUACCUAAACUUCAUCACCAUCAACAACAACAACAACAACAACAACAACAACAACAACAAAAACAACAACAACAUCAACACCACCACCAACAACUAUAUCGUGAGAACAAAGAUUUGAAACAACAACAACAACAACGACAACAACGACAACAACAACGACAACAACGACAACAACAACAACAACAACAACAACAACAACAACAACAACAACCGCUCUUGUAA